UGCUCGAUUCCUCUACUACGUGAACAUAUCCUUGGCUUAUUUAUCCAUCAGGAAUAGCAACGACAAUAAAAUGAAACAAGCGGAACAAAUGUUGGAUAACUUAACUUUGUGCGAACAGCCCCUUGAUAUUCCUGGAAACUUUCGCGCGAAACAAAGAAGAUCUAAACAUGAUGAUUCUAAAUUGGUUUUCCCUGUUCGUAAACAACCAGAAUCUUAUAAGACACAUUACAGUCUUUACUUUAAAAGCAAACCGAAAGCAAGACCCUCUAGUCCAAGACCGUGCUCUCCAACUCGCAGAAACAACCCACAUCCUUCAAAGAAUUUUCUAAAUUGGAGAAUACCAACACGUGUGUUCGAUUAUGGAAAAGAGAAGCAAGCAAACUUGACUUUUUUAAAGUCAAACAUCGAAGAUACUUAUCAAACAUUUUAUGAUGACUAUUGCGGUACAACGAGAAAACGUAAUUGUGAUAUCAAUCCAAAAAUGCUGAUGGAGAUGGCCAAAACGUAUGGCUCAGAGUCGCGAAAAAGAGAGAAAAAACGACGGGGAAUUGAAUUAACUUUAAACGACGAAGAACAAAGAGGAAAAAUAACUUUACCUAAACUUCUGCGCAAAUCUUGGUCCCCUGACCUAGCAUUCUUUGGGCUGCCAAAGACUUCAAAAAGCAAGAAAUAUGGACAGAUUUCACCUUUGACCCAUCACAAAGACGGUUUUCAACCGCUUUUUCAAUCUUGGUAUGAUGCUGCUUCAAAAGACCAAGCCGAAGAAAAAGACGUGGAAAAUGCAAAGCAACAUUUUAUUCAAGAAACAUUGUCUAAAGCUUUAAAUCCAGAUGCAAUCGAAGCCAUCGAGAAUUGGCUGCUGAACGCUAAUGAUGAAGAACGCGAGAUAGCAGUACAGUUCAUCAAAGCUAUCAUUCUGGCAUCCGUUGAGAACUCUUCUACGACAGUGAAGCCAGUCACGACACACCAUCAUCAUCAUAUGAAGAAAGCAUGCGAGGUGUGUAAAAAACAGGAACUUGAGACAGCUCUAAAACAGAUGCAAUCCAAAGCUAGGGAGGUUCCAGCUGUCACAGAGCUCUUAAAUCCGCUUCAUCCAGCAGUGUUAGAACAAAAAAAGGAGUGCCGUCGAGUGUUCGGGAACGUUCCACGCAAAUUGCACCGUCCUCGCAAUAAUGCCAACAGAGGUUCCCUUUUCUGUACAUCGAAGAAAGCAAAGGGAAGACAUUUUACCAUUCAUCCCGAAUGGCAUUAAAAUUGUUCAUAAAUUAUUUUACAAAAACGAAAAUAAACAACCAUAAAGAA